AAAAUAAAGAAGGUGUAUUUGUAGAAAAGGAGGAGACCAUACUAAAAAGGAGACUUGAAGAAAACGAAAGUAUAAAGUUUGAGGAAAACAAAAGUAUAGGGUUUGAGAAAAAUGAAAGUGUAGAGUUUGAAGAAAAUAAAAGUGUAAAGUUUGAGAAAAACAAAGCCAUGUUUGAAAAAAAUAGAAACACUAUGCUUGAGGAAAAUGAAGAG